AUGUCUACGUCAGAGUCUCCCAAAGAGCCUGAACAGCUGCGGAAGCUCUUCAUCAGAGGUCUGAGCUUUGAAACAACUGAUGAGAGUCUGAGGAGCCAUUUUGAGCAAUGGGGAACACUUACGGACUGUGUGGUAAUGAGAGAUCCGAACACCAAGUGCUCCAGAGGCUUUGGGUUUGUCACAUAUGCCACUGUGGAGGAGGUGGAUGCAGCCAUGAAUGCAAGGCCACACAAGGUGGAUGGAAGAGUUGUGGAACCAAAGAGGGCUGUCUCAAGAGAAGAUUCUCAAAGACCUGGUGCCCACUUAACUGUGAAAAAGAUUUUUGUUGGUGGCAUUAAAGAAGACACUGAAGAACAUCAUCUAAGAGAUUAUUUCGAACAGUAUGGGAAAAUCGAACUGAUUGAGAUCAUGACUGACCGAGGCAGUGGUGAAAAGAGGAGUUUUGCUUUUGUAACAUUGGAUGACCAUGAUUCUGUAGACAAGACUGUCAUUCAAAAAUACCACACUGUGAAUGGCCACAACUGUGAAGUAAGGAAAGCUCUCUCUAAGAAAGAGAUGGCUAGUGCUUCAUCGAGCCAAAGAGGUCGAAGUGGUUCUGGAAACUUUGGUGGUGGUCAUGGAGGUGGUUUUGGUGGGAAUGACAACUUUGAUCGCAGAGGAAACUUCAGUGGUCGAGGUGGCUUUGGUGGCAGUCGAGGUGGUGGUGGCUACGGUGGCAGUGGGGAUGGCUAUAACGGAUUUGGUAAUGAUGGAAGCAACUUUGGAGGUGGCGGAAGCUAUAAUGAUUUUGGCAAUUACAACAAUCAAUCCUCAAAUUUUGGGCCCAUGAAAAGAGGCAAUUUUGGAGGCAGAAGCUCUGGCCCUUAUGGUGGUGGAGGCCAAUACUUCGCCAAACCACGAAACCAAGGGGGCUCUGGUGGUUCCAGCAGCAGCAGCAGCAGCUAUGGCAGUGGCAGA